UCCCACAUUUCCUUUCAGUGCGCGCUCGGGACGCAUUCCAACAAGUGUGUCUCCGCACGGUGCGCGAGCAGCGCGGCUCUACGUCUUAUCGCGCGCGCGAGCGCCCUCCUAUUUCGGCCCUACCGAUAUUUCGCGAGCCCUGGCUCACGUCGCCGCGAUAAUUUUCAGGGGGCGCGACAUCGCUCAUUCGACGGAUAGCGACGAGUUCCAGCGGCUGCAGUGUUUGUUUUGAAGCUCGCGAUCGGCGGAUCCGAGUUUCGACGACGCUUUCAUCGGCGACUCGCUGCUGCGCCGAUUUGUACAGUUUGCUGACGAGUAGAUGACUGCUUGAGGUCUCAUGGAGGAGGCGCGGACUCCCGGUGGCGCAUCACCUGCGGCGACGGUUGCCGCCGUCUUGGAGAACGCGCCGGACACCCCCGUGGAGGCGCCGAUCGAGGGCGUGGCCAGGGGGGAGAGUUCACCGGAAACAGGAAGCCAGCCUGCCAGCGGCGCUCGUGACGGCGGCAGCAGCGCCGCCGUAGCCGGCAGCGAGCCGGUGCUGGAUCGGCUCUCGAGGAGCCACAAGCCAGUCGGCCGCGACGCGCCCAACAUACCGAACGUCGUCGAAUAUCACUUGAAGGUGAAGCCGCAGCAGGUACGCAGGGACCAGCCGCAGCAGCAGUUAGCAGACACCGAGACCGCAGCUCUGGUAGCAGCCGGCCUGGACAUGAAGAAGGAUCGGCAGCAAGCGCAGACCUUGACCGAGGAGCAGCGUCGCGAGCUCACUCUGCGGCUCUCCAAGCUCUCGGUGGACAGCAACGUGUUCGAGGGCUCGAGCGACCUGCCCCAGGUCUUCCAGGUCAAGUACCUGGGUUCGCACGAUGCCCGCGGCCUCUGGGGCAUCAAGCACACGCGCAAGCCCGUCGACAACAUGGUGGCGGCCGCGAAAUCUUUGCCCUCGGGGACCUUCCUGCCGUUCAUCAAGCUCGUCAUCAGCGAGGACGGCGUCGGGCUGCUGCCCAUCGGCAAGAAGAGGGGGGACUCCAUCUCGAGGAUCUACCCGAUCGAGAGCAUCUCCUACGGAGUCCAGGAUCUCGUAUACACGAGGGUGUUCUCGAUGAUCGUGGUGAGGGAGACCGAAGACUUCCGCAGAAUGUCGCCUUUCGAGUGUCACGGCUUCGUGUGCGAGUCCAAGCAUCACGCCAGGCAGAUGACCUACGCCCUGGCCGCUGCGUUUCAGAUCUACUCGCAGCACGUCAAAGGACGAAGCAUCGAUCCGGCCAAGAGCUGGAGCAAGGGCUUCGCCAUCGAGCUCAGGAAUCCCAACGAGCUCGAGGCGGAUUAUACGCUUCAUCCCGAAGAUUGAUACGCGCAACUUGUCCGUUUAUCCUUGAUCGGCAGGUUGUUAGUUUUGUUACUUACAUGCGUAAGAAAUGUAGAAUAGAAUGCGUCUGUUGAAAAGUUAGGUGUGAUUGAAACAAAACAAGAUACGCACAAAAAUAUUGAGUUGUGGAUGCAACUACAGGUUGCAAUAUUCAGAUACUGAUAUUUAAAUGGUUGUAUAGCUAUACACAGGAAUUCUGGUCACGUAAGGGUAGUCAUAAAUAAUAUCCUAUGCAAUAGCUUAAACUAAAUCAUUCUUAAAGUUUCUUACGGAUUCGUUUAGUUUGGUAUGUUACUACGUGAUUUUGCAAUACUUAAUAAUUAAGUAUUAAUAUUAAAACUACGACAUUAUAUUGGAACCUAGUUAUAUAGUAGAUCAGCAUCGCUUUUGAACAAUGAAAAUGUCUCGUAUACGCAAGUCUGAUUCGUUUGGAGAACAGGGUAUUUGUAUUUUGAAAGCUAUAGCAGCUUAUCCUACAUUCAAUCACAGAAUAAUUUUAGAAUGAUUAUGGUACAUUUUUACUAUAUUUAAAUAUAGUAAAUAUCUAAAAGUCCUAAAGUUACUCAUAAAGGUAGUUUUGAUAAAUUAAUAAGUUUGCGUCCUUAAAUUAUUUAUUUAGAUUAUAAAAACAGGAUAUACAUGCCUGUAUAUAAAAGUAUACUAUACCUGAUGUUACGGUAGAUAAUUUAUAGAUAGCACUCAAAAAUCUAUGCAAAAGCGCGCAAAGAUAAAAAUUUUAUUGCAUCAAAUUCUUUAGAAACCAUUACUUCUUAUGUUGCUUCGCAAAUCGACUAAUAAAAAGUAAUCGCGUACGAUUUGUAUGUAUAUACGAAAAAAUUCAUUUAGAUAUUUGGAUCAAAAUUAUUAAAAUUUUAGGCCUUUAUCCGCGAAAUUUAAUAAAAGAUAAAAAAAAUUGUUAUAUAAUUAAUUUAUAUUAAUUAUACGUACAAGGCUUAUUCGCACCUACUGCAAUCGGUAUGAAAUUAUAGACAUUGCAAAAGAUUCAAGUUUUCUUUAUGUUUAAUGAGCAAUACUAUAACUCCAGGCAGCUUCUCAGUUUAGAUUAAAAACUUAUUUUCUUUCUUUCUUUGUUAUUUUUUAUUUUCAAAGAAUUAAAUUCCACCGCUCAUACAAAAUCCUGAUAUCUUAUGCAGUGUUGCCAGUAAAAAAGUAUCUGAAUGGAAUGGAACGGAAGAGGCAAUAAAAUAAGCAUACUUAUAUUUUGUCUAUCGUUUUGUAUUGACGUGCAGGAAAAGCGAAACAGCACUGAAGUAUCUUUCUUCAGCUGUGACCAGAUGGCUAGCUAUCCAAAGAUACCGACUAGAAAGUGACAAGUGAUUUACAGCUUGCUGCGAUUCCUUUUUACUUGCGAUUUUUCAAUUUUUCUUCUUGCUUUGACUGCAUAUAUAAAUAUGAGAAUGUUUUUCGAAGUAAGAUUGUACGUAUCGGGAGAACCUAUUAUGUUAUUUUUAAAAUUUUAAACUUGCGUGCAUUUUUCAAAUAUUCUCCCAUUUUUCUUCCUGAUUCUAUAAUUAUGGUAACGGAUUUUAAGGAGUUCGAUAUAUCCAUAAUAAAUAUUUUUAAGGCAUUCAAAUAUUCGUACAAAAUCAGCGUUUGUAAAAUCAGUUUUUGUAUAGUUGUCUGCAUAAUAGGUUGUAGAAUAGAGUAUCUUUACGGUUUUAUUAAUUUACAUUUAAUUUAAUAUCUUGCUUGUUUUAUUUUAACAAGUAUAGACGACCAAUAUCAAUACAUAUCAUUGAUUAGAAUUUAAUAUUUGAUGCUUACUUAUUUGCGUAAUAGCUUAUCUUUUUUCUACAUUUUAUAAUGUAAAACGGAUCGAUUGAAAGAUGUAUCCAGGCAUGGGACAAUCGUGUAACACCAUAAUUAGCAUUUGAUCUCUAUAAUGUGCUUACGCUUUGUUUCCUUUAUUAUAUGGCGUUAGGAUUUUAUCAUGCUUGUGAGUCUUUUACAUAUUAUGCAUAAUGAUUAACUCACUUUUUAUGAGAAUACUUUGCAAAAAGUUAAAAUAUUAUAUAUAAGAGUAUUCAAAUUAAUAAAUAUGAAUAUAUAAGAAAGGCAGAACAUAUUUUAAUGUAUAAGUGUGUUUAUGAAUGUAUACUAUGAAUUAAAGAUUGUUUAUAAAAUAUUAUUAAUAAAUUGUUACUGUUACGUA